UUUGAACGUGUGCAACCGGAAAAGGUAUAUCGCUGUUUGUGUGUUCUCAAGGCUGCGAAAUAAAUCAUCACAAAGCUCUUCAGGACUCCAUCUGCAUUUAGUGUGUGUUUGAGUGUGCGUGUCUUGAGUUGUUGUCUGAGUGCUUGCGUGCUGCGCCAUCCUGCAGUGUGCAAUGUCUUCGGAGCUGCUUGUGGAUUUGAGCGAGGACCAGACGACAGCACAGCUGGGCCACCUGAAGCUGACCACAUUACAGGACCAGGAGUGGCCGCCAGAUGAGUCAACUCUUAGAAAGUCCGAGACCGAUAUCUCUCAGCGGUUUGAUGCCAGUUCUCCCCACCUGCCCUGGGAGCAUCCCUUCUAUGACAUCGCCCGGCAUCAAAUCAUCGAAGUCGCCGGUGACGACAACUUUGGCAGAAAAGUUAUUGUGUUUAACGCCUGCCGGAUGCCCCCCCAGCACCAACUGGACCAUCACAAACUGCUGAUGUAUCUGAAAGGAACCUUGGACCAGUAUGUUGAAAGUGACUACACCCUGAUCUACUUCCAUCACGGGCUGACCAACGAGAACAAGCCAUCACUCAGCUGGCUGCGGGAUGCUUACAGGGAGUUUGACAGGAAGUAUAAGAAGAAUAUCAAAGCCUUGUAUAUUGUCCAUCCCACCAUGUUCAUCAAGACCCUGCUGAUCCUGUUCAAACCCAUCAUCAGUUUUAAGUUUGGGAGGAAACUCAACUAUGUGAGCUAUCUGAGUGAGCUGGAGAACGUGGUCAAGUGUGAGCAGCUCAUCAUUCCAGCCCGUGUCAAAGAAUACGACAACAAGUUGAGAGCCUCCCUGAAGCCAACCUCCCAGCCUCCUAUGUCCCCUCUUCGGAGUCCCCCUCUCCCCAACCAGGUCUUUGCGGUUCCCCUUGAAUUGUUAAGAAAGAGGAGUCCAGAUGGAGAUGCUGUUCCUGUAGUAAUGAGAGACACUAUAAGUUUCCUGUCAGAGCAAGGCCUGGAGAUUGAAGGAAUCUUCCGACGUUCUGCCAAUGUGACUUUGGUGAAGGAGGUCCAGCUCAGAUAUAACUCAGGCGAAGCAGUGAACUUCCGAGACAUGGAAGAUGUCCACUUGGCGGCGGUCAUCUUGAAGACGUUCCUUAGAGAACUGCCCGAGCCACUGCUGACCUACCAGCUCUACAAUGACAUUGUCAAUUUUGCCUCUGUGUCCAGUGACAGUCAGGUGACCGUCAUGAAGACACUGGUGGAGUCACUGCCAGAGGAGAACUACGCCACACUCAGAUACCUAAUCACAUUUCUGGCCAAGGUAACAGCGAACAGUGACGUCAAUAAGAUGACCAACAGCAACCUGGCUGUGGUGUUUGGGCCAAACCUGCUCUGGGGGCGGGACAACGCCAUGUCACUCAGCGCCAUCGGCCCAAUAAACAACUUCACCCAAUGCCUGUUGGACCAGCAGCACUUGGUCUUUGCCUAAAUACGGUUUCAUUGUUGUCUGACUCGCCACUGGAGGCUACUCAACAUUGAUUGUGAGUGAGCCAUCGAACAGCACUUAGACCAACACAGCCUUGUUCUAAAAUGCACAUUACAAAUAUUUUAAAAAAAUAACCUCUCCCGGACAAUUUGAAUUCUGUCUUUUGUCACUCGCCAUUCUGAUUGGGCCCUUAGCAGUGUGGUUAGUGCUCAACCUUAAGUUGGAAGCUGUAUACUAAGACAAUGAGAGAACAACCUUGCGAAUGUAAAAUGUAAUAACACAAUUCAACAACUCAUUUGCAACAAAAUAGAUUUCCUUGAAAAAGACAUUUCAGCUAUAACUGCAUGUGUACAAUUAUUGCCAAGUGGAAUUGAAUGGGGGGGGGGGAAUUACUUUUCAACAUGUUGCUGUUGUUGGUCUCUGUUGUUUCUGUCAUGCAAAAAAAAAAAAAAGGAAAAGAAAUCCCCAUGAAAAAAUAAGUAG